AUGCUUGAAUUCGCUUGUCAUGUUGCAAUCAUUGGUGCAGGGCUUGGAGGAUUGGCUGCGGGUUUAGGAAUUUUAAAGGCAGGGCAUCGUGUGACAAUCAUCGAACGAGCUCCAACCUUAGGCGAGAUUGGUGCGGGGAUCCAAGUUCCCCCAAACACGACACGAAUUCUUCACAGAUGGAGCAUCCUUGACAACCUGACUUCGUUGUCUGAUAGACCGAGGAAUUCCAUCUUACGUUCAUAUCGCGAUGGCAAUAUCCUUUCCAGCCUCGAUUUGCGCAAAUGUUCUGAAACUUUGUAUGGACAUCCGUAUCUCCAUGUCCACCGAGCUGAUUAUCACAACGUUUUGAUUGAAGAGUUUCGGCGACUAGGAGGCAGCGUCAAGACAAAUUCCGAAGUGAUUGGGAUCGACUUUGUCAAACCGAUGAUUCAGAUCCGAGGACAGCAUGACGUAUAUGCCGAUUUAGUUAUUGGAGCUGACGGCGUCAAAUCCACCACCCGCGAGUUGUUCCUAGGUCACUCUGAUCCUCCUCGGUUCAGUGGUGACAUGGCUUACCGCUGCGUUGUUCGCGAAGAAGAUAUCAGGCAACAUCCCCACUUGGUAGGGUUUUUGGAAUCGACUAGCAUCAAUUGCUGGGUUGGACCCGGGCAACAUGUGAUGAUGUACAAGAUGAGGGAGGGCGAUUUACUGAACAUUGUCAUUGCCUGUACUGAUAUCUUGCCUGAGAGUACCAAUAUGGCAUCUGCCGAUGUACAAGAACUCAGCGACGCAGUGAAAGGAUGGGAUUCAAACCUGGCAGAACUCGUUGCUCUUGCGUCUAGAGGUACCAAAGGCCGUUUAAUGAGAGUUGAUGAGAUGGAAUCGUGGAUUCACCCCUCGGGAAAAUUCGCGUUGUUGGGAGAUGCGUGCCAUGCAACCAUACCAUACCUCGCUCAAGGUGCUGCUCAAGCCAUCGAAGACGGAGCGGUCCUGGGCCAUCUUUUUGAAGCGGUGACUCAUCCUGAUCAGCUAUCGGACCUCCUAAUCAUGUACGAAGCGCUAAGGAAGCCGCGUACAUCUAAAAUCGUGAGAGAAUCCACAUGGAGCAGACGUAUUCUUCAUCUCCCUGAUGGGCCUAUUCAGAUCGAGCGAGAUCGUCAACUUUUGGAGGAAAAGCCUUUUGACGGUUUUGCCCAUGCGUGGGCCGAUCCAGUUUUGCAAGAUUAUUUGUUUAGCUAUGAUGCUCGUCUGGAAGUUCAAAAAGCUCUAGACAGAUACAAAUCUGGCAAGUUUCCUCUAACCACUGGUGCAUGGAAAUUGUGA